AUGUCUCAAAUCACAGUCCAAGCAUGGGAAACCAACCGAGCCGACUCUGCUAUCCCCCAGAGCACCAAUGACGAUAUCACCCAAACAGUCAACGGUAUCGUAGAAUACGACCUGCCCAAAGCAGAAACGAGGCAUCCAUCGUCAACUCUGCCCGGGCAGCGAUACGGCUCGUUCACUAUAUGGAGCCACUCACGCCAUGAUCUUGAAAAGUCAAGGAUCUUGAGGGGAUCCUUUGUAUCAGGCAAUGCACUGCCCGGGGCGGCUUCUAGCGCGUCGAAGGUUGAUGUUGACAAUGUCAGUGUAGCGAACGAACUUUUGAGCAAGAUUACUGCUACACUCCACGAAGAUGGAGGAUGGCUGGACGAUUGCUGCACUCAGCAGAGCGCACGUCCACUGAAAGAAAAAGAAGAAAGUGUCUAUCACGACUUGGUCAACGAGGACCCAGAGCGUUAUCGCAACAUCGGCCUCCGCCGCACUGAUCGAGAUACGGCCCAAGAUGUCUUGAUUUGCCAAUACAUGUCUACCAAAGCUACGCAUCAUCUCAGUCAAGGCGGAGUGGAUCAGCGGGUGGUAUGGCUGUCGCCUGAUGAUGAGACAAAGACAUAUGUGUACUUGCCUGGGUCUAUGGUCGUUCCAGCAGGUACUACUGGACAUGAUGGGCGAGGAAGCGGGUCGGUUAUCUUUCGCGAGACAUCGACUACAGCUGGGGAAGGCGCAUAA